UAGCGUGCGAGUCUAUAGAUAUCGAUAUGCAACAACAUUUAGAACGCGAAUUUCGUAUAUUUCGAAUAAUAGUUGGUUGUAUUUGAUUAAUAUAAUUAAUAGCGCAUUUAAAUCUAUCAAAAAAAAUACAAAAUGGAUGAGGUACUUGAGACGUUGCAGCUGAACGACAUGCAGUGUGAUGUGUGCGGGGAGCAUACCUUCCAGGAGCGCGAGGGUUACUACUACUGCGUGGAGUGCGGCACGCAAAAGGAUCAGAUACGAGCGGUGGAUAUCACCGCCGAGCAGAACUUCGACGAAACCACAGCCGGUAAAUAUGCCAGCAAAACCAUCAGACAACCGAAGGAUGCGAAAGAUAAGGAUGACAUCGACAUCACCUCGUGGGAGUUCUACAACUAUGUGCUACGCGGAUUCGUAGAGGAGCUACUCAAUAUGGGUGCCAAGCCAGAGCUCAAGCUGAUGACCUUGCAGGUGUGGGCGGCGUACAUGGGACGCAUGGAGGUGGCCUUUUACAAGAGCAACAAAUUGGGAUUGCCCAAGCUGAAUGUGCGGGCGUUGCUAAGGGAUGCCCGAAUCAUCUACAACCAUAAGCAGCCUAAGGCCAAAAGAAUCAAAAAGAGCACAAUAUCAGGCGAACCAAAUGAUGCGCGCGCCAAAUUUAGAUUAUGGAACAGAGCAAAGCGCAAUCUUGACGCCUCGCGCUACACCAAACAAGAAGGUCCUUCAGAAUCCGAAGGGGCAACCAGUCUACACGUCCAAUGGGCCAUGAAUGCCCGAAAGACACUGAAGCGCAGUAUGUCGCUGAAACAUUUGGAUAAGCAUAGUCGGGAUAGCAAAGGCAGUAUGUCGUGCCAUACCUUUAGGCCCAAGGCCAAGCAACUACGUCACUUUGACCGUAAUAUGUAUUGCCUGAACUUUAUAAAGUUGUACGUAGUUCUGGGCAUUGCCCUUAACAUGGUAGAGGACGAUAUACAGCUAACUGAUCUGCUGCGGUUCAUUGAUGAGGAGCAUUUAACCAAGCGAUACAUGCUCAACUAUCUGCCAGAAAAUGUGGCCGCCAAGGGAAAGUCCCUGCUGAAGGACAUGGAGCUUGGUAAAGCAAAAGACAAGUGUAGUUAUAAGCUCCUACGUUUUAACAUUAACUAUAUGUCGCGUUUCAUAAACCUCACCGAUUUCCAAAAACCCAACCUACACUCCCUUGCCGAGCGGUAUAUCUUAGAACUCGCUCUGCCGCCACGCCUACUCAAGUAUGUGACAAGUAUGAUCGACUUGUAUCCGCCAAAGUUCGUAAACGUAAUGGGCCCACACACAUAUCCGCGCUAUGAGGCCAGGACAAUGGCCUACAUCAUUUAUGCCAUGAAAUUGUUGUUUGGCUUGGACGAUGUCAAGGAGCGAAAGAUAUCCGAAUCGGCUGCAAAUAUUAAUAAACAACUUUUAGAAACCGUAGGAGAUGAAGCUCCCUUGCUCUUCGUAUUCACAGAGUGGAUGGAAUUCGUGGAGUUACGAAAAGUGAUUGUCUCACAUUACAAUCAGAGUUUUGCUCGACGCUUUGGAGUAGCCACCCAAAUUGAUAGACAGGUCGAUGACAUCUUAGCCAAAGAGCGAAAAGAAAAGGAACAAGCAGUUGGUGACAAUGAUAAGCAGGGAUCACGGCAACAUGAAAAUCUGACCCACAUUAUUGAAACCAUGCUAAAGGAACAUUUCGGCGAAACCAGCCAAGAAAGCGUGGAAAAAGAUCGAAUUGAAUUCCAGCCAAGCUUGACUCCGGCUCACUCCUACUUCAAGAGAAUCCUACUCCAGGCCACGCGCUCUGACGGUGCGCAUGUGAACAUAAAGAUUCCAGACUGCUUGCAUGUAGAUCACUCACUGCGAGACCUGAAUCCCUUUGUACUGGAAACCAAGGAACUAUCUCAGCUUUUAUCACAGCAAGGUCUAAAACUUCGAGUGGAGGAGCUUGACUGCAAGGAGGACAUACAAAAAAUAGGCAUUUUCCGUGCACUUCUGCUUGGACAUUGUGAUGUUCGGGAAUUCCGCGCCAAUCCUGAUAUUAAAACGGAGACUUGGAUCGCCGAGGUAAAGAGAAAGGAGAAACGUCCAGACUUUCGAUUCGAUCAGCCCACUGGAUCCUAUGGUGCUCAAUAUCUGAACAAGAUUAUAAAGCGUUUUGGAAGGCGUGAAAACCUGGAGAUAACGAAUCCUUUUUGGGAGAUAACCCCGACUCCCAGCUUUCUUCUCAAGCUAAAAGAUAAGGAGGUACCACUCGAUACCUUGACUUCCCUGCAAACGUUCAGGGAGGAUAGCAUGGAGCCAUUAAACAUCCCUCUCGAACUACCUCGUCGUCAUUUAGAAAAAAUGGAGUAUUCACAAGGAACAGAAAGUGAAUCAGAACAAGGCACAGAAAAUACAAAUAACGAGCCAUCAGGCCCUGACGAACUAUUGCUGCAAGUCUCCAACUUCGAUUGUUGGCUUCUGCAUGGCUUUAUGAAAUCGAUUCGUCAAAAAGACAAGCGGGAGUUGCGUCAGUACUUCCCCUGCUCCUUUCGCUGGCUGCUGGAAACCUGCUCCAAUACCCUCGGCAUUGGAUGGGGAGAGGUUUAUGAGCAACUGCUCGUUGUGGAGAUAAUGUUUCAUCACAGCAUCGGGGACUGGAGCAACCACAGGGAAUUUCUAUGCGUUCAACAAAAUAACAAGAACAAGGACAUUCGAAUGCUGGCAAGAACUUACAAGGACUUCUGGUAGAAUAUUAAGCAGACACUUCAAAAUACCUUAUAAGUCUUAUUUAAACAAUAUAGUGCUAAUUGUAAGAAAAUGCCAUACCUCAAAGAAAUGUACAGUUUUGUUUACAUAUUACCUAAUUAAUACCAAAAUGCAUGUUUCUGAAUAAUUAUUAUUUUGGAAAAGAAAGGUAUUGAUACCCUGAAACCUCGAGUUAGCAAAACGAAUUAAGCCACUCCAAAAUGGUGAUGACACACCCACUGUGCCCACAACUCGAGAUCAGGAAAUAGUACUAAACAAAUUUACUUAAAAUGCUUAAUGGUGCUAUUUUUUUAAGAAAUUGUAAUGCAAAUCAAUUUAAGAACACUUAACAAGCUUAAACAAAUAAGACAUCUUUAAGAAUAUCAUAUAAAUACUGGUUUCUGAUCUGAAUCAUUGAGCUUAUCGAUUCAGAUACAUAUAUGUAAAUGUCUAUCUGUCAAUAGCCCUUUCGACAAGUCUUCUAUGGAAGAUAAUUUAAUUCGACUUGGUGAGUUUGGACUUGAAACGAUCGGUUUGGAUGAAUAUAAAUUUGAUAUGAAUCUAUAUAGCUGUAACCAAAUAAGACGGGUAUUUCUAUUUCUUUAAAUAUUUAUUAAAUAUUAUAUUUUGUUGUUAUACUUUAAAAGCUUUUGAAUAGUAUAAGAAUGAAAUUUCAAUGAUGUGUUAA